AUGCCGAUGACCAGCAGGACGCUGGUCGCCACCCUUAGGCCGCAUCCGAGCCGCCUAAGGGGAUGGUACGGCCGUGGCCUCUCGAUCAGGUGCGUGGAAUGCGUGUGGAUCAGGAACCCGUCGGCAGUGGCUGGCGUGGAUCCACGUGGCAUGUCUCUCUGCAACCUUGACCGCUGUCUCCGUCACCAGAAGCACUUGGAACGACCCGCGCAGCGUUGCACCGACGAUGACGUUGCGACUGACUCGUCCAGGUUCAAGGUGGAAAGUCUGAAUAUCAUGCAGAAGUGUCACAUCAGCCAAGAAAACUUGCCACAAGGAGAAAUUGAAGGCAGGAAGUGUGUGAAGGCAGCAGCAUGGAUCAGUGUGAGGACGAGACCGUUCCUCCGGAACAGAAGAGAGGACGAGGAGCUCAGAGAUGUAGACGAUCGGAAGCCCAUUGCUACCAGACUGGACGCAACAGGGUCACUGGUCCAGCUGACUGCCAGACUCAUCUUUGGUUUUAUUAGGUUGGCUGGAGUCUUCUCCUGCCAAGAAGACCUGCAGGUAAAAAAGUGGUUGAAGGGCACUUUGAGGAAUUUGAAAUCCAGUGAGCUGAAGGAAUUCAAGGAUUUCCUGAAUGACGCAAAAGAAUCAGAGGAUGGUUUCAAACCGAUCGAACUGUGUUAUCUGGAAAAGGCGGACAUAUUGGACACAGUAAAUGUGAUGAUGGAGAGGUACUCCUCAAAGACCAAAGAGGUGGCCGAGACGAUUCUAAAGAAGAUCAAAAGUGAUAAAGUGACGGUGCUGGAUGUGUUGCUGGCGACCCGUACUGCCUGUGGUCUCCUGGUCAGGAAGUCCAGGAGCCAGUUGCACAGCGAGGUGCUGAGUCCCAGCUGGUCCAAUAUGUUAAAGUCUAAGCUGAAGAACAAGAACCAGCAUGUGUCUGAGGGGAUUGCUAAAGCAGGAGAGACAACCCUUCUGGAUCAGAUCUACACGGAGCUCUACAUCACAGAGGGAGGGAAUGGAGAAGUCAACAAAGAACAUGAAGUCAGACAGAUUGAAGCAGCUUCCAGGAAACCAGACAGAGCAGAAACAGCCAUCAGACAGGAAGACAUCUUUAAACCCCCACCUGGAAGAGAUAAACGAAUCAGAACGGUGAUGACAAAGGGAGUGGCCGGCAUCGGGAAAACAUUCCUAACACAAAAGUUCAGUCUGAACUGGGCUGAAGGCAGAACCAACCAGGACAUCCAGUUCCUGCUUCCAUUCACCUUCAGACAGCUGAAUGUGCUGAGAGAGAGAAAGUUCAGCUUGGUGGAACUAGUUCAUCGAUUCUUCACUGAAACCAAAGGAAUCUGCAGCUUUAAAGGGAUCAAGGUCGCGUUCAUCUUUGACGGUCUGGAUGAGAGUCGACUUCCUCUGGACUUCCACAACAAUGAGGACAUGACUGAUGUUACAGAGUCCACCUCAGUGGACGUGCUGCUGACAAACCUCAUCAUGGGGAACCUGCUUCCUUCUGCUCAUCUCUGGAUCACCACACGACCCGCAGCAGCCAAUCAGAUCCCUCCUGAGUGUGUCACCAUGGUGACGGAGGUCAGAGGGUUCACUAACCCCCAGAAGGAGGAAUAUUUCAGGAAGAGGUUCAGAGAUGAGGAGCAGACCAGCAAGAUCAUCUCCCACAUCAAGACAUCACGGAGCCUCCACAUCAUGUGCCACAUCCCAGUCUUCUGCUGGAUCACUGCUACGGUCCUGGAGAACGUCCUGGAGAACGUCCUGGAGAACGUCCUGGAGAACGUCCUGGAAACCAGAGAGGGAGGGGGGCUGCCCAAGACCCUGACUGAGAUGUACAUCCACUUCCUGGUGGUCCAGGCCAAACUGAAGAAGGUCAAGUAUGACGGAGGAGCUGCGACGGAUCCACACUGGAGUCCAGAGAGCAGGAAGAUGGUGGAGUCUCUGGGAAAACUGGCUUUUGAGCAGCUGCAGAAAGGAAACCUGAUCUUCUAUGAACCAGACCUGAGAGAGUGUGGCAUCGAUGUCAGAGAGGCUUCAGUGUACUCAGGUGUGUUCACCCAGAUCUUUAUAAAGGAGUGCAACCUGUACCAGAACCAGGUCUUCUGCUUCAUCCAUCUGAGUGUUCAGGAGUUUCUGGCUGCUCUUCAUGUCCAUCAGACCUUCAUCAAGUCUGGAGGCAACCUGCUGGAGGAACAAAAGUGGUUCUUCGGAUGGUGGUUUAAAACAAGAGCCGUGCCUGACCUCUACCAGAGUGCUGUGGACAAGGCCUUACAGAGUCCAAACGGACACCUGGACUUGUUCCUGCGCUUCCUCCUGGGUCUUUCACUGGAGACCAAUCAGAACCUCCUACGAGGUUUGGUGGAACCAAAACAAAGAAGUUCACAGAACAAUCAGAACCUCCUACAACGUCUGUUGGAACCAAAACAAAGAAGUUCACAGAACAAUCAGGGAACAGUUGAAUACAUCAAGAAGAAAAUCAGUGAGGAUCUGUCUACAGAGAGAAGCAUCAACCUGUUCCACUGUCUGAAUGAACUGAACGAUGGUUCUCUGGUGGAGGAGGUCCAACAGUCCCUGAGGUCUGGACGUCUCUCCAGAGAUAAACUGUCUCCUGCCCAGUCGUCGGCUCUGGUCUUCAUCUUAAUGUCAUCAGGAGAAGAUCUGGAGGAGUUUGACCUGAAGAAGUUCUCACGUUCAGAGGAGGCUCUACGGAGGCUGCUGCCGGUGUUCAAAGCCUCCAAGAAAGCUGUGUUGCUGAACUGCAGUUUGUCAGAGAUCAGCUGUUCUUCUCUGGUCUCAGCUCUGAAGUCCAACCCCUCCCAUCUGAAACAUCUGCACCUGAGUCACAACCAGAACCUGCAGGAUUCAGGAGUGAAACAUCUGAGUGGAUUUCUGGAGAGUCCAGACUGCAGACUGGAGACUCUGAGAUUGGUGAGGUGCAGGUUGUCAAAGAUCAGCUGUUCUUCUCUGGUCUCAGCUCUGAAGUCCAACCCCUCCCAUCUGAAACAUCUGGACCUGGGCUGGAACGACCUGCAGGAUUCAGAUGUGAAGCAUCUUUCUUAUUUGGUGAAGAGUCCAGACUACAAGCUGCAGACUGUCAGAUGA